CUGUACCCGAACCCCCCUCGCCGCCACUUUCAGAGACAUUGCUUCUCUUUCGCCAUAAAAACAGCGCAAGCUCUCGAGAAGCAAAGCAGUCGAUACAUCUGCUUUUGAACUGAAUUUAUCCAACACAACGCCUAUCCACCCCUGAAGCCAAAAGCGCGAAAUGGAACCGGGCAGAGCCUUGUAGCCCGGUGCAAGAAUUCGAAAGUUACGCAUUGUUUGGGGUCUUGUUGCAUGGAACUUGCUGGGGGUUUGUGACGAACACCAAGGUUUUGGAAAGAAUCUGAAAGGGAAAGAUGAUCUCGGGGCGUGGUAGAGGGAAGAUUAGGCCGCCGAGGAGGGGGCUGGGAGGUAAUGCAGAUAGUAGCGACUUCGAUGCGAUGUGGGAUAUCCUGCGGUCAGCACUCCGCGAGAUCCACGAGAAGAAUGCGUCAAAGCUCUCCUUCGAACAGCUAUACCGCGCCUCCUAUAAGAUUGUUCUGAAAAAGCAAGGCGACAAGCUUUACGACCGUGUCAAAGAAUACGAGGAACAAUGGUUCGGGUCCCAAGUGAUGCCAGCGAUCCGCAAGCUCAUUACCAAUAACCUUAUUAAUACCACUGUGGGAGGUGGAGUCGCUGGGACAACUGCGAAUGAGCGGCGUAUCACCGGCGAGGAAUUCCUGAAGGGUCUGAAAGCAUCAUGGGAGGAUCACAAUACGGUCAUGAAUAUGACUACCGAUGUCUUGAUGUAUAUGGAUCGAGUAUACUGCGCCGAUAACAGAAAACCGUCCAUCUUCACCACAGCCAUGGGCCUCUUCCGUGAUCACAUCCUACGCUCUCGACUGGUAUCUGCCGAUUCCGAGCUCACCACUUUCGAUAUUCUCAAUUCGGUUAUCUUAGAUCAAAUUUAUAUGGAAAGAGGAGGAGAUGUGAUCAAUAGGCAUCUUAUCCGAUCCUGCGUAUACAUGCUUGAAGGUCUCUACGAAACAGAUGAGGAGAACGAGCACGAAAAGCUCUAUCUCACUGUCUUCGAAAUCGAAUUCCUGAAAGCCAGCAGGAUAUUCUAUCAAAAUGAAAGUGCCAAUCUCCUUCGAGAAGCAGAUGCAAGCACGUGGUUGCGCCAAACAAAGAGACGAUUUGCGGAGGAGGAGGCUCGAUGCCAGACCACCAUCUCCCUUCUCACAGCGCCCAAGAUUGCGAGAGUCUUAGAGGACACGAUGAUUCGGGAGCACCUGCAGGAUUUUCUUGCUAUGGAGGGCAGUGGCAUCAAGGCUAUGAUCGAAAAUGAUCGCUACGCAGACCUAACGCUACUCUACCAACACAUCUCACGGGUGGACCCGUCAAAAGAGCCUCUCAAAAAUGCGUUGCAGACUCGUGUGGUUGAUCUCGGAUCAGAAAUCAACAAAACAAUUCUCAACACCGACUUUUCCGCUGCUCCCGAGCCCCAACCCGAGGAAGGAGAGGCGGCCGCCGAAGGCAAUGAGAAGCCAAAAGCUACGAAGCUCAGUGCCGCGGCGAGACAAACUGCGGCGGCAAUUAAAUGGGUUGAUCUAGUUUUGCAGCUGAAGGAUAAAUUCGAUAAUAUGUGGAAGAAGUGCUUCGACGAAGACCUCAUUUUACAAACUGCUCUCACGAAGAGUUUCUCAGAUUUCAUCAACCUCUUCCCGCGGUGCUCGGAAUACGUCUCCCUUUUCAUUGAUGAUAAUCUCAAACGCGGAAUCAAGGGCAAGACGGAAACAGAGAUCGAUGAGGUCCUUGAUAAGGCCACGAUGUUACUACGAUAUAUUCAGGACAAGGAUAUGUUUGAGCGAUACUACAAGAAGCAUCUAGCUCGGAGACUAUUGCACGACAAAUCAGAGAGCGCCGAUGUAGAGAAGCAGAUGAUCUCAAGGAUGAAGCUGGAAAUCGGUAACUCAUUCACCAACAAGCUGGAAGGGAUGUUCAAGGAUAUGGCCAUGUCAGAUGACCUAACUGCUGCAUAUCGGACCCAUAUCUCUAAUUUGGGUGAUAUUGACCUCAAACAAAUUGAUCUUGGUGCGAGAAUCUUGACUUCAAAUUAUUGGCCAAUGGAAUCGAUGGGUGGCGGAGCCACUAUCGGUGAGGACGGCAACCGCCAAACAUGCACAUGGCCAUCGGAAAUCCAAGCGUUGCAAGAUUCAUUCAAGGCAUUCUAUCUCAGGGAGAGGAACGGCAGAAUGCUGACGUGGCUCGGCUUCCUGGGUAGUGCAGACAUCCGUUGUAUUUUCCCAAAAAUCCCCGGGAAGGAGGGCGUACUCGGUAGAGAACGACGGCAUGAGAUCAAUGUUCCAACAUACGGCAUGGUGGUCUUGCUCCUUUUCAACGACCUCGCUGAUGGAGAGUAUCUAUCCUUCGAGGAGAUCCAACAACGGACCAAUAUCCCUCAACAAAACCUCAUCCACAUCCUCCAUACUCUUGCUGUCCUCCCAAAAUGCCGAGUUUUAAGAAAACACCCCGCGAAUAAAGAUCCGCCUAAGCCAGGUGAUAAAUUCUGCUUCAAUGAAAGUUUCACGUCCAAGUCCGUCAAAAUUAAGGCUCCGGUUAUAUCUGGCUCUGUCAACAAGGUCGAGGGUGAGGAGGAGCGCAAGGAUACUGAGGAUAGGAAUGAUGAGCAUCGCGGCAAUGUCAUUGAUACCGUCAUUGUGCGGAUUAUGAAGGCACGUAAGGUAUUCAGCCACCAGCAACUCUUUGCCGAAGUUAUCUCCCAACUUUCGCAAAGAUUCAAACCAGAUCUUAGCAUGAUGAAACGGAGGGUGGAAAGUUUAAUCGAGAGGGAAUACCUUGAGAGGGUGGAGGAUGCCAAUACGCCAACAUAUCGGUACUUGGCUUAGGCCGUUAUGGAGUGAAAGAACACGGCUAUCAAAUAAAUAACGCUUUGGGGAAUAAGGUGCU